UAUUUCUCUCGCUCUGUCGCUCUUUCUCUCUCUCGCCAAGAUAAAUAUCUGCGGAGAGGAGCAUCUCGGCCGAAGGUCUUCUUUUCUCUCCGAAUCGUAGAUCGAACGCCAAAUCUCUCCAUCUCGCCUGUCUUCUUGAUUUCUCCUUAACUUGGUUUAUGAGCAGCUCGAAGGAGAAACCCACUCUUGGUGGUACGCGGAUUAAGACCCGCAAACGGAAUAUUGCAGCUCCACUGGACCCUGCAACCUUCUCGGAUGCAGUGGUCCAGAUAUAUUUGGAUAAUGCUGGUGAUCUGGAACUUGUUGCUAAGAACAUUGAAUCUUCAGACCUUAACUUCUCAAGAUACGGUGACACCUUCUUUGAGGUUAUCUUCACUGGUGGUCGUACACAACCUGGCACAACUAAGCCCGAUGAGGGGGACCGCCAUCCAUUCUCUAUAAUAGACUGUGAGCCGAAACGUGAAGCCAUUUUGCCAUCUGUAAUCUACAUACAGAAGAUUUUGCGACGAAGGCCUUUUCUCAUAAAGAAUCUUGAAAAUGUCAUGCGAAGGUUCCUGCAGUCAUUGGAGCUUUUUGAGGAAAAUGAAAGUAAGAAGCUGGCAAUUUUCACAGCACUUGCAUUUUCACAGAAGUUGUCAGGACUUCCCCCAGAGACUGUGUUGCAGCCGCUGCUCAAGGACAAUCUUGUGGCCAAAGGGCUAGUUCUUUCAUUUAUAACUGACUUUUUCAAGGAAUAUCUGAUUGAUAAUAGCCUUGAUGAUUUAAUUUCAAUUUUGAAGAGGGGUAAAAUGGAGGACAAUCUUCUUGAUUUCUUCCCAUCUGCUAAGCGGUCUGCUGAAGCAUUUUCAGAGCAUUUCACCAAGGCAGGGCUGUUACCCUUGGUUGAAUACAAUGAGAAGAAAAUAUUUGAGGUGAAAUUGAAAGAAAUGAAGUCUGCUUUAACAACCCAGAUAUCCGAGGAAACUGAUAUAUCUGAAGUCAUAGAAAGUGUGAAGCAGCAUGUUAAAGAUGCUAAAUUACCAGAUGUUGAGAUCGUGCGGAUUUUAUGGGAUGUAAUAAUGGAUGCAGUUCAAUGGUCUGGAAAGAACCAACAACAGAAUGCUAAUGCUGCACUGCGCCAGGUAAAAACUUGGGCAAAUUUACUGAAUACCUUCUGCACCACUGGGAAGCUUGAACUGGAACUUAUCUACAAAGUCCAGGUUCAAUGCUACGAGGAUGCGAAACUGAUGAAGUUGUUCCCCGAGAUCGUGAGAUCCCUGUAUGACCAGGAUGUGCUUGCAGAAGAUACAAUUCUUCACUGGUUCCGUAAGGGAACAAACCCUAAGGGCAGGCAAACCUUUGUGAAAUCUCUGGAGGCCUUCGUGACAUGGCUGGAGGAGGCUGAGGAAGAGGAAUAAAAUUGGGCGAAGCUGUUGUCACAUUACAUAAUGGGUUGGGUUGCUAAGAGACGGGCCCACAAAAUAUUCCAUAUACUAUGCCUAUGCACUAUUAUUAUCAAAGAAUUCCAUACUCUUUCUAAGACAUGAGUGUGCUUUUGCUUGAAACAUGAAUCCUUUUAAAUAACCAGAUUUUACAA